AUGGACCACCUAUUUCAACACUAUCAAAAGCAUGAGCGACCCGGGGAAGCGGAGAAGGAGACCACCAAAGUUACAGUUUACAUGACCAUCACUGCCAUCACCUCCGUGGACGUACGUAUGAUGGAGUAUACUACGGAUCUCCUCUUACGACAAGAAUGGAAAGACCAAAGGCUUGCCUGGGCUGGGAUCUCGAAGUUUAAAAACUAUACAAAUAAUCUGGUUACACCAGAACUAAAACGAAAACUAUGGCUUCCCGACUUAUUCUUUCGUAAUGGGAAGGAGGGACGUCUACACAAGAUGACUUGUCCCAACUACCUUACUCGGAUUGAGCCCUCAGGCAUGAUCCUCUAUAGUCAAAAGCUAACAAUGCGUUUCUCCUGUCAGAUGGACCUUAAAACCUUUCCUAUGGAUAGCCAGGAAUGUCACAUCAACAUUGGCAGCUAUGGAUACGAACUGAACGAACUGCACUUCGUGUGGCGCAACGACACGCCUGUCUAUCUUGCUCCCGGGAUGCAGAUCUCAGAGUUCAACACUCCUGAGCAGGUGACCGUCGAAGACUGCAACACUGGACCGCUAGCCACGGCUGACAGGACCUCCUGUCUCUACGCCACCUUCAUUCUGUCACGCCAGUUGGGCUCCUGGUUUUCUAGCAUCUACAUACCCAAUUUUCUUAUUGUGGCGGCCUCGUGGCACAGUUUCUGGGUGGACAUUGACGCUCAGCCGGCUCGCGUGGCUCUGGGACUACUUACGCUGCUGGGUCUCAUCACACAGGCUUCGGGCGUCUCUUCUACUCUGCCUCGCGUCUCUUAUAUCAAGGCUAUCGAUGUAUGGAACAUUGUCUGCAUCAUAUUUAACGUCGGCGUCCUUAUUGAAUUUGCCGUGGCCUCGAAUCUGGCGCGUCAGCAGAAGAUGCACAGUUGGAAGACCCAAGCACGUCAAACUGUGCGGCGAGAGAUUUCGACGUGGUGUCCUGCAUGCAGGCGUGUAUACGUAAGAAAUAGCCUUCUGAGCGACAGUAGCGACUUGAAGACAAAGACUGGUGGCCCGGUCAGUGGCUGCAACCUGAAUGGAGGGGAUAUUCUACACACCCUUUUUCCUGAACAGGUGAAGAAGGCGAAGUCGCUGUGUGCGCCUGGACAGUAUACCAGGGAUGAAUUCCUCAUCACAUCGGCAGCUGACAGGCUCUGCAGGAGUCUGUUCUCAGACGAAGAGGAGGAGGAAUCCGUUGGAGGGAAGUGGCUCAAGAGGAAAACAGCACAGAAGUCAGAGGAGCAAAAGGAACCCGUGAUACUCAUUUCGGCGAUCGAUGGAUACAGUCGUUUUCUUUUCCCCUCCUGUUUCAUGAUAUAUAAUUGCUUCUACUGGCUCUACUACCUAGUUCUCAAAAAGAAGGACUAG